AUGCGGGCGGAGCGAGAGGCGGCCGGCGGGGCCUCCGAGGUGUCCGGGCCCGGGCGGGGGGCGGCCGGGAGGGAGAGGCCGCCUCUCCCUCCUCUCCCGCCGCCGCCGCCGCCUCCGCCGCCCGCCUCGGCCGCCGCCCGCGCGGGGAGGAUGGACGGACCCUUCUGCCGGGAGCCGCCGCGGAGGGAGCCGGGGACCCCGCCGCCCCCUCCUCCGCCGCCGCCUCCUCCUCCUCCUCCUCCUCCUCCUCCUCCUCCUCCUCCUCCUCCUCCGCUCCCGCCCGGACCGGCCGCGCCCGGCGCCGCCAAACCCAGGGACGACAAGAAAACCGUCCUCAGCAAGGUCGUUAUUCGCCGACUUCCUCCCACCCUGACGAAGGAGCAGCUAGAGGAGCAGUUGCAUCCUCUUCCCGCUCAUGAUUAUUUUGAAUUCUGUGCAGCGGAUCCCAGUCUUUAUCCUCAUCUCUACACGAGAGCAUACAUUAAUUUUAGAAACCCCGACGACAUCCUUCUCUUCAGAGAUCGUUUCGACGGAUACGUCUUCAUUGACAGUAAAGGUCUGGAAUAUCCAGCCGUGGUAGAAUUUGCUCCGUUCCAAAAGAUUUCCAAAAAGAAGUUGAAGAAAAAAGAUGCCAAAGCAGGAACGAUUGAAGAAGAUCCAGAAUAUAGGAAGUUUUUAGAAACGUAUUGUGUUGAUGAGGAGAAAAUAAGUGCCAACCCAGAAACUCUCUUAGGAGAAAUAGAGGCGAAGACGCGGGAACUCAUUGCGAGAAGAACAACACCUCUUUUGGAAUAUAUUAGAAGCAGGAAAUUAGAAAAGCAGAGAAUCCGGGAAGAGAAACGGGAAGAGCGAAGACGGCGAGAGCUAGAAAAGAAACGCCUGAGAGAAGAAGAGAAGAGGAAACGCCGGGAAGAAGAGAGACGGAAAAGGAAAGAGGCAGAGAAGCAGAAGAAAAUUGCUGAGAAAGAAAUAAGGAUCAAGCUUCUUAAGAAGCCCGAAAAGGGCGAGGAUUCAGUCUCAGAGAAACCAACAGAGAAAGGCGAGGAAGCCGAUGUUGAAGAAGGAAGGUGGGAGAAAUCCCCUGGCCCUGGCGGCGUGAAAACCAAAUCCUUGGAGAGCUCUGUGAAGGAACUCAAGGACAAGUCCCAAAACGACAGCGAUAAGGAGCAAAGGGAGGCGGAGAGAAGAUUUUGCGAAAGAGAACCCGAACGGCAAAGGUAUCGCUCGGACGAUGGCAGAAAGCAUAGAGCUCACUAUGAGCCUGACAAGUUUUUGAGAAGGAACGAAGACGAGCUGAAAUGGGGGAAAGGAUUCCACCAAGACAGAGGGAAGAGAGGGUUCUACAAUUACCGCUUCACGGUGGAGGCUGUAGACACUCUGGGUAAAGAGGACAAGUGUGAUGACAUGGCAUCCCAAACGGAGCGCAUAAGAAAUAAGGACCGACCGGCCAUGCAGCUCUACCAGCCCGGAGCCCACACUCGAACACGUUCGGCCACCGCCGCUAAAUCCCCCAGCUUCGGCGGAAAGUCCGGCGAAGAAGCCGGUGAUGGGAAGUGUGAGGCAGAGGCUUCAACUGGAGCUAGUCCUGAGAAGAGUGAAGAGGCCGAGUAAUCCUCCGUGCAGGUCAAAUCUGUGAGAAGAAACGAACCCCGGAGCCCAGGCGCGUCUGGCUAGAAAUGGCCCUUACCGGCGCCUGCCCCGUGCUUCCCUGGUGGCUCCGGACGGACGAAAGCCGGCAAAAAUGCAUCAGACGUUCGGUCGGUGUAUUCUUCCCCCGAAAGAGCCGGGAUUCCGGUCGUUCGUUAGGUCUGUCCCCUGCUCUGGAACCAACCGAUCAUUUCUUUAGCUAGCACUUUUCAGAAAAAACAACCAAGAAAACCACCUUCUCCUUCCAAAAGUCCCCGGGCGAGGAAGGGGACCGAAAGCAGCUUUGCGUCAGUUUGAGAUCCGAGGCACUUUAUUUCCGUCCGUGAACAACAUGAUCGUUUGCACAUCCGUGAGCGACGUGGUCUGUCGGUAGCGAUACCUCAUUGUGUUUUUGCCGUUUCGCCGAGAGUCUGAAGUGGUGAAAAGUCAACCGUUGAGUGAACAGGUGAUUCGUUUGCCUUUUUA